UCUGACGCAGCUGCAGCUGGUGCCUGGCGCGCGAGGAUGACCGAUUAAGUCAAAACAUGGUCAAAACAAGUGUUUGACAAGGCCCCCGUGCACACAUAUGCACCGUGGUUUUUUUCCGUGUUUUCUGCGAGUUAUAAAGGGUUACCGGUGUGAUGUCUAUCAGGUGUUCCUUCCCACUAGAAUUUCAUGGUACCACACAAGUACAGUGUAUCGAUAUCCACUCUGUCACAAAGCCACAUGCACACUCCUGCCGGGCAUUAGCCAACAGGACAGGAGAGGUACAGUUCCCUGCAUAUUAGGAACCAGAAGGAAAAGCUGAGAGCUGAUGCUGUGAUGAACUUGAGGCCGCUUCAGUGGUUGUGAUACUACAGCCAUUGUACUCAUCAGUUGGAAAUCCUGGUACCGGCACAUUCAACUGAAAGUUUCCACUUGCUUGUACCAUACGUGUACGGUACAUCACCCCUCGUUGUAGAGUUUCAGCCCACUGAAGCAGGUCUCCUCUCCAACUGAUGCAUUUUAGCAUUGACCUGUAAAGUUAAUGUACAGGCCAUUAGAUGAAAUGGAUAGUUCGCCAGUCAGGAAAAACAGUUCAGGGGGGACAGAGGUCAAAGAUUCUGAUUUGAACACUUUAGAUCAGUAUGUUAACAACAGCAAUAAUGUGACUGCUGAUUCAGAGGUUCCAUUGACUGAUAAAACGAGAAGUGACAAAAGCAAGGGAAACAUGAGACCGGAGAAUGGGUAUGGGCCGCUGUCAAAUCAGGACGAAGAUGCAGAGGGGGAGGAGCCAGAGGAGUUGGAAGAGGAGGUGCACUGUGGCUGGCGUGGACUGCGGCCACAGUGCCUGCAGUGCUUCAACCGGCCGCCCGGAGUCCUGCUGUUCCUCUGCCUGUUUGCGGUGACACAGGGGAUGACUGUCAAUGGCUUUGUGUACGUUGUCACCACCACCCUGGAACGGCGCUUCAACCUGCCCAGCGUGCGGAGCGGCUCCAUCUCAAGCUCCUACGACUUCUCUGUCAUGAUCGUCAUCACCUUUGUCACCUACCUGGGCGACCGUGGCCACAAGCCCCUUUGGCUAGGCUUCGGGGCCCUCAUCUUCGCUCUGGGCUCCUACAUCUUCACACUUCCUCACUUCCUGACGCCGUUCUAUGACUUCCACGCAUCAGACUUUGAACUCUGUCUGUCUGAGCGCAACAUGACAGACACGUGUGGUACUGCCGGCUCAGAGAGUACCCUGGCCAAUUUUUUCUGGAUGUUCGUGUUUGCCCAGUUUCUGCAUGGACUUGGUGCAGCACCACUGUACACACUUGGUGUCACAUACAUAGAUGAGAAUGUUAAGCCAAAGAUGACAUCACUUUAUAUUGGUAUCUUCAAUGCUGCCUCUCUGCUGGGCCCUGCUAUCGGUUACCUGUUGGGAGGUGCACUGUUGUCCAUCUACACUGACGUUCAAGUCGAUUCCAGCAGCCUGAGUAUUGAUCCAGACAGCCCUCUGUGGAUCGGUGCGUGGUGGAUAGGGUUCCUCAUCAGUGGCACUUUGGCGAUGUUCAUCACCUUACCUUUCCUGGGCUUCCCGAAAGCUUUGCCAGGCCAGAAGAAGCUCGCCAAGCUCCGCGUCUCAGAAUGCCAUGGGGGCCAGGAAUUCUCGGCUCGGGCGGGCUUUGGCAACAGCCUGAGGGACUUCCCCCAAGCCGUCUUGGUCCUGGUAAGGAACCUCCCCUUCAUGUUCAUCACAGCCUCUGCCUGCACCGAGUGGUUCAUCCUCUCCAGCUUCGCCGUCUUUGCCCCCAAGUUCCUAGAGUCGCAAUUCAACCUGACCUCGGGAUGGGCAUCAAUCGUUGUUGGAUUGACGGUGAUCCCAGCUGCCGUGUUUGGGUCAGUCAUCGGCGGCUGGGUGGUCAAGCGCUUCAAGUUGCACUUCAAGGGGAUGAUCAAGUUCUGCCUGUUGGUCCUCCUGGUUUCCCUGCUCAUGAUCGGGGCAUUUCUCAUCAGCUGCCCCAACCCCAACUUUGCUGGGGUUACCGUCGAUUACGACAACAAUUGGCUCUUCCAUGAUCAAGAAACCAACUUGACGUCGGCCUGCAAUGUGGAUUGCCACUGCGCCGACAUGUUUGAACCGGUCUGUGGAGUGGAUAACACGAUGUAUUACUCGCCGUGCCAUGCCGGCUGUGCAGUGGCCAGUGUGCAUCCCUCCAGCUCUGUCAAGUCCUACCACAAUUGUAGCUGCAUCUCUGUUCCGGACAGUGUGAACAAUGGGGAUCCUGUAGCCGUGGCAGGGAAAUGCACCAGCAGUUGCCAGUGGCAACCAUUGUUCCUGGGCCUUCUCUUCCUCUUGGAGUUCUUCACCAUUUUGUCUGUUGUCCCAGCAACCACAGCCACACUGAGAUGUGUUCCUCAUUCUCAACGGUCAUUUGCCCUUGGUCUCCAGUCACUGUUUUAUAGAGCACUGGGUACGGUCCCAGGUCCUGUCAUUUUUGGUGCCAUCAUUGACCAGGCCUGCUUGCUGUGGGAAUAUGACUGUGACGGCUCAGGCACCUGUUGGCUGUACAGCAAUGCCAACUUCAGCCGCUUCACGCUCAUCCUGUCCGGCUGCCUCAAGAUCGGCUCCAUUUCCUUCUUCCUGGGGGCGCUGUUCACCUACCAACCUCCAGCCGCCGAGCCCGGCACUGCCAUCGCCGACAGUCGCCCUAACAAGGAUGUGGGUGCCGAGAUGGAAGACAUGACUGCGCAGGCGUAAGUGUGGAGGAGGAUCUGGGAGUUAGACGGAGAGAUAUCAGUUAUCACUUGUGUGCAAUAGAUCACGUAGUGAUAGACACUGCACUGAUCACUUCAUGCACGUGGGACACAAAACAACAUUUAAUGCCUGUGUGUCUUAACACACUGCUGAAUUGAUGCAGUGAUGAAGGUAAAGCUCUCUGUGGGAAGCUGAUGCUCCAAAAUGACCCAUCGGCAAAAACCUACAGGUAUAGAAAGGCAUCCUGAAGUGAAAGCAUUUUCCAGGUACCAUGGUACCUCCUGAUAUGCUGAUGUGAACGACUAGAUGUGUUAAAAGUUUACUAGCUGACACCACACUGCCAAUAAUUGGACAGGGCUGUAAGGUCCAAGGUAGUGGUGAAAGAAUUUUGAAUCACAGUUGAGCACCAUGGCCAUGUGACCACUCUCUGGCAUGUUCCACUCAUAAAAGGUUCUAUAGGUUUGUUCAUAUUCAGACAGGCAUAUCAUACUCGGGGGGCCAUGUACACAUUUAGUAGGGUCUACAUGCACCCUGUUGUUCAGUGUUGGCUCUUCCUAAUAAGCCACAGUACCAGUUAGCUUUACCUGCAUGGAGUGCAUUUCUCACAUACACAAGUAACUGAAGCUGGGGCUACAUUCGAAGGCCGUAGCUGUGGCUGGAGUAUGUUUCCCACUUGCACAAGUCCUCAAACCUGAAGCUACAUUCAAAGGUCAUAGUUGUGCACGGUGGUAACAUAAGUGCGUGGGAAAUUAUUCUUGCCACUGGACAACAGCUUCCAGAGGCAUUGACAUUACUGCCUGCCGAAGUCAUUUGAAAGUGGCCUCAGGGUAAAGUCCAUGACCACGUUAGGCUGGUGCCUUGGUUACAGUGAAUGACUUUUAGAGGGUGUCUCCUUUACUGAAGUUCAGGAAUCUUACAAAUAUGGCAGCAUUUAAGAAAAUCACUUCCUAUCGCAUGUCCCAAAAAAUAUUUUGAAAAGGUCCAAAUUUUGACAGUCUUUAAUUUGACAUUUUAAGUCACAUUUCUACGUCCUCGUGAGUUCAUGGACUCACACAGAACAGAUUCGAUUCAUUAAUUGGCACAUUUGGCAGGACUCUACACGUACCUAAGCUUUGAGACCACCCCCAAAAAGAGCAUGUCAAAAGCAUGUUUGAUCUCACUUUGUACAAAGAGCAAUGUCUGCCACAACUUUAGGGGUGCAUGAAAUAAUGGGCAUGUGUGUAUGUGUUUAUAUUGGACAUUGGUAUACUUAAACAUUGUUGUUGGUUUGGCUUGGAAUCAAUUACUAAAAUAGUGAGUUUCAUGGAGGUGUAAAGCAGUGUAGUAUAGAAACAGUUGCCAUUGGUUUAAGGGGCAAAUGUUGUAAUUGAAUUGGUUGUUUCUUGUUCUAAGCUCACGCAAUUUUGAGCACAAAUAAAGGAAGACAUAAAUCUGCUUGGCAGGCGUAACUUGGAAUUGGGGUCACUAAAUCUCAAGGCAUCUAACUUUUGUACAUACAUGCAUAAUGUGUACAGAUUUUGUACACUGUGCACGAUUAUGGUGUCAGUUUUUUAACUGAGCAUGCGAGCAUGAUUUCCGUCGGCACAGAUGUACAUGUACCGGUACACCUGUUGGUGGUGUACAUUAAAUUACCAGAGCACUGAAUCAGUUUCCCUGUGGAGAAACUUUGAAGUGGUGGCCUGCACAGCUAUUUGAAUUGCUGUGUGUUUUUUGCAGAUCACUGUGAAAUAGGUUGGAAUGAAUUUCUAAUGUAAUGAAUAAAUGUACUCUAAAUGAUGCCGCAUGCAAAAUACUGUACAUACUGUAAGUGCAUUUUUGAUCCUUUAAAAAUGCCACUGCAAAUAUUCGCACGCAUAUGCAUAAUUCUUUCAGUAAAUAGGAACAGGUAUUUCACUGAUUGUGUGUUGUUUUGUAUUAGUUAUGAUAAUGCAGUGACUUGGAAUUUAAAUGCAAAUGUCCAAAUAGCUGUACGAAUCCGAAAUAAAUUUAGGGUUUUCCAAAAAUCCAUGCACAAACACAGAUGAAUCCACUGGCAUAUCGAGUCAGUGCCCUAGUAACUUCACCACUUUCUGCCGGGGACUCCGGGAUCGGAGACAUAUGGGUGGCCGGGGUCUCCGAAC